UUUUCCGGGUUGGUGGGGGACUUGUGACGAGGCGUAUAGGCCAAAAGGGUCUAUUCAACGUGGAAUCGGUAUUCGAUCAUUAGAAAGAACCUUCCUGUGUCAUCUCCCUCAAACCAUUUUGGUGUCACCACCGACCCGUCUCCCUCCCUCUGGCGCGAGUCACGCACACCCAAACCCAUUCUCUCUGCAAGGCUAGGAGAGGAAAAACAUUUUGUAUUCUAUAGAUCAUUGGGGAAACGAACAAGCUUCCGUGUUCUCUCUCUCAUUCUGGGCAGAGGACGUCAGGAGAGAGGUUCUUUUUAGGGCACUGUCUGUGUGCUCUGAUUUUUUUCUGUGAGCUCCGGUUGCGAUUACGUCAUUAACUUCUGUUUUAAUUGAGCGUAACGGUGAAUGAUGAUUGUGCUCACGUUAUAUGGGUAGAUAUUGGGUGAUACAUUUUGAUCGGUUGAUGACCGGUUCUAUUUUUUUUUUUCCCUUUGUAGUUUUUGUAAGUUUAAUUUUUAGCCAGAUAUUCUGGUACGCAGCCAAUGGCUAGCCGUAGUCUGAUAGAUUUGAAUGAACUGUUUAAAUUGUCAUGGGCUUGUGUGAGAGAAUGGCGAUGGUAGAUGAAGCCGCAGGCGAGUCUGUUAUCAUGCAGCAUUGUUCGGAGUUUUCAUUGCAAUCUGUUCCCGUGGAGCGGUCCUGUUCAAAAGUAGGCUGCUCUGUGUUGGACUCUAACAUUGAGCUUUCCAAUAUUCUGGAUGGUUGUAAAUAUUUCUCUGCUAAUGAAGAAUCUGGUUCGGCAUGCUGUGUUGAUGUUACUGACAUGCCCAGCAAUGCUAGAGCAAGUAAAUAUGAAAAUGCUGAUAUGUUGCUAGUGAAGAAAACCUCGGACAAUGAUUGUCAUAACUGUUGCAGCACAUUUUGUGGGCAAUGUGAAGUUUCUAACUUGGAAAGUGGUAGCUUAUGCUCAGAAGAAAAAACUCACAAUCAUGAUGACUAUCAACUUCCAUCAGAGUUUAAAUCUGUAAAUGGUUUGCUAAAGGAUAUGAAGAGCAGCACAAUCCUUUCUACAGGGGACACAAUAGUGGCUGCGGAAGAAAAAAACAAUGAUGUUGGUUUGCUCACUGACGCUGGCAAUUAUAUAUUUGAUUUCAUUCAUUCUGAAUUUUCCAUGGAAUCAGAACCUAUAACUGGCUGUCUAGUUAAUUUUGACGAAAAGAGUGAGCAGGAGGACAUUCUGAGAAAUACAGAUCCCUUGGAGGUUGUAGACAACUGCAAUACUUUAUGUGGGGUGAAAGAAACUUCCUGCAGGCAGAUAUCUCCUGCACAGGGUAGUGAGGUGCCUUCAGAGGCAUUAUAUACAGAUGCUUUAUGUGGGAUGGAAGUGGUUGUUUGCAACCAAACAUCUUCAAAGGACAAUUUGCCAGAAACUUCUACCUAUCGUACCUUUUCUUCUGAAUCAGGUCUGCCCUCCUUUGUUUCUUUAAAUGAUAACCCUUCAAAGGAUGUGCCUGAUCUCCUGCUCAAGGACAAUAGCUGUGAUAUCAGUUACAAUAGCAAUGCGUGCAAUUCUGGACAGAAUGAUAAUGGAGGAAAACAAAUUUUCAGAAUUGAUCGUGUCACUGGAAGCAAAUGUUCAGACAUUGUGUUAUUGCCUCAUCGAAGGAACAGUCAACGAAACAAAUCUGUUUGCAAGCAACAGACUGGAAGGGCUCCAAAAAAAUGCAAUAAGCAAGCCAAUGUGCCUCAACAGGAGUGGGGUGUGAAGACAAUAUCAAAGGCCACUAGAAAGAAAAGAAGCUGUUUCUCCAGAGCUGCUCGCUCUUCUAAGUGGGGAUUGCUAGGGAACAUUAAACAGGCUGUUGGAAUGGAUAGAGAGUUAAACAUAAAUAAAGUUAUCUUUGAAGGAUUGAGGAAGGAUAGGGGCAACUAUCAAAGUGGAAAAACAAAUAAAGAUAGUGCAAAUUCUAGCAUAUUGAAUUCAAUGCCUGGUGCUUCAACUACUCGUAUGCGUUUGAAGAUCAAAGUGGGGAAAGGGUUUAACUUGUAUUACCCGAACUUCUUGGUCCCGCAAGCCGUUGAUGGUUUGGCUUCUAUUUCCAACUUGGGACCUAGUUCAAGCUGUCAAAAUUUAGUUAGUGAUACUGGAGACAAAUUAUUUGAUGAGGUGGUUGUAGGAAAGUUUGAAUCUGAUAAAAAUAACCUUUACAAGCAUGCUGUUGUUUUGAAUGGGCAAGUUGCCAAUAACAAGUUGGAAAGUGCUGCAUUAAUGGAGAAGUCAGAUGCCAAUGCAGAGGAGCCUUGUCUUCUGGCUCCUUCAAAGAAGUUGGUUGAUGCAUUGGUAGAGCCUGUUAAUAUUGAGCGUAUGGAUCCUGGAACUGGAUCUUCACCUGAUUCAGAAGUGAUUGAUUCAAUUCCUGAUUUCCAGGUGGGAGAAAGACAUCAAAAAUAUCUGAAUAAUACUGAUUUUGGUUCUUCUACGGAGUUUAAUUUUGCUGUUCAUGAUACUGCUAGCAAGGGAAGGAAGAAGAAAGAUAAAGUUGCUUGUUCAUGUAAUAGUAGUGUAAGAGACGUAUCACCAGGUUUCCCAAGGAAAAAUAAAGCAAAGUACUCAAAGAAUCUUGAAAGUAAGAAGAGCUGCACUGAUGUGGUUAGCUCUGUGGAGUUGCCUAGUUCCAUUGAUAUGCAUACAUUAAGCAUAAGCAGUUUUGUAGGCUAUGGAGAAGUUCAUACAAAACCAUUGCACCUCUACGGAGAUAUUGGACUUAGAGAUCCAACUGAUGCUUUGGAAGUCAAAAGUAGAGUGGAGGUUAAGACACAGUGCUGCUUAGAUAUUAACAAUGAAAAUUCAGACUCCCCUGAUACUGAGAAAUUUCUUCCAUCUGAGAGACAUUUGGGUUGUAAAAUUCCCAAAAGUCUUAAAUCUAACAAUGUUAGCCAGACCAAGUCUAAAGCUUCUGAGUCAAAUAGCAGGAAAAAGACUGCUUUCAGACAUGGGGAGAAACAGGGGAGAUCUUUCACCAAGCAUGGUGUUAAAGGAAAGAGUGUAUCUGAUAAAGUUAUAUGCGAAUACCUACAUGAAGAAAAUGACAUUGAAGACAAACGAAAGUUGGAUUUUGGUGGAAAAAUUAAUGCUGAUGGCAGCAAAGUACCAGCCAGUGUGUAUAAUCUUGACAUGGUACCUGGUGUUGGUUUGAGGAAGCAGCAUCCAUCACCACAAAAUGCAUGGGUGCGUUGUGAUGAUUGCCACAAGUGGCGGUGUAUUCCAGCUUCACUUGCAGACCUAAUUGAAGAAACAAACUGUGCCUGGACAUGCAAAGACAGCGAUGAUAAAGCUUAUGCUGAUUGCUCUAUCGCACAGGAAAAGUCAAACUCAGAGAUCAAUGCAGAGUUAGGAUUAUCAGAUGCAUCUGACGAAGAUGAUAAUGAAGAUUGCAAAAACUAUAAGGAGCUAGAACAUCGACGUCCAAUGUUUUCUCAGGAAUCAACUUUUACUCAUAUUUCUGCCAAUGAGUUUCUCCAUCGUAGCCACAAAACUCACACUAUAGAUGAGAUAAUGAUUUGCCAUUGCAAACCACCUCCAAAAGGUCAGUUGGGAUGUGGAGAUGAAUGUUUAAAUCGGAUGCUUAACAUUGAAUGUGUUCAAGGGGCCUGCUCAUGUGGGGACCUCUGUUCAAAUCAGCAGUUCCAGAAACGCAAUUAUGCCAAACUGAAGUGGUUUAAAUGUGGGAAAAAGGGCUAUGGGCUGAAGGCGAUUGAGGGCAUAUCUGAAGGGCAAUUCCUUGUUGAGUAUGUUGGCGAGGUGCUUGAUAUGCAUGCCUAUGAGGCACAACAAAGAGAAUAUGCUUUGAAGGGUCAUAGACAUUUCUACUUCAUGGCCUUGAAUGGCAGUGAGGUGAUUGAUGCAAGUAAAAAAGGAAAUCUGGGGCGUUUCAUUAAUCAUAGUUGUGAUCCUAAUUGUCGUACAGAAAAGUGGAUGGUGAAUGGAGAAAUCUGUAUUGGACUGUUUGCAUUGAGAGAUAUUAAGCAGGAUGAAGAGGUUACAUUUGACUACAACUAUGUCAGGGUUUUUGGUGCUGCUGCAAAAAAAUGUUAUUGUGGUUCACCUCAUUGUCGAGGUUAUAUAGGUGGUGAUCCACUCAAUGCUGAAAUCGUUGUUCAAGAUGAUUCAGAUGAGGAAUUUCCAGAACCUGUGAUGCUUACUGAAGGUGAUAAUAUUGAAGAUGGGCUAGGUGGUUGCCUGGAGAAUUCUCUAAACCCUGCCUCUGCUAGCUCUCAGCUGCACAGCUCGAUAGAAGUGGACAAUUCAAAGGGCAAUUUAUCAUCUUCCAUUCAAGUGAAAGUACCUUCCCAGCAAAUGGAGGAUGUAACUAGCAAACCUAUGCCUGUUUUGCAACAAGGAUAUGCAGUAGAACUAGAGCAUUCUGACAAAUCUUUGAUUGCAAAUAUGGAGACUUCUUCCUCUUCAUUUUUUAGCAAAUCCAAGUAUGAAGUAAUUGAAGACAAACGUGGUCUUUUAGAAUCUCAUCUGCUUGUGAAGGCUUCCCAAAUAGCUGGCUCUAUUAAGAAGGGGAAGGCAUGUGCUAACCCUUCAAAUAAUCUCAAAGUUGGGGUGACCAAAAGAUUGCAGGUUCCAUCCAUCCAACAUAAAAAAGCAGUGGAAGGUUCUUCCAAUGGUCGUUUUGAAGCAGUUGAGGAGAAGCUUAAAGAGUUGCUAGAUGCAAAUGGAGGAAUUGGUAAAAGUAAAGAUGCCACCAAAGGCUACUUGAAGCUUCUACUUCUUACUGUGGCAUCAGGUGAUAGGAGUAAUGGUGAAGCCAUUCAAAGCUGCAGCAACCGAGACCUUUCCAUGAUUCUUGGUGCCCUUUUGGAAACUAGAUCAAGAUCAGUGCUGAAUGAUAUAGUUAAUAAAAAUGGUUUACGCAUGCUACACAACAUAAUGAAGCAAUACAGGUGGGACUUUAAAAAAAUUCCAAUUCUGCGAAAGCUUCUUAAGGUCUUAGAGCGCCUAGCAGAAAGAAAUAUUUUGACAUCUGAGCAUGUUAAUGGUGGUCCCCCUUGCUGUGGAAUGGAAAGCUUUAGGGAGUCAAUGCUGUCCUUAACGGAACAUGAAGACAAAGAGGUCCAUCAAAUUGCUCGAAGCUUUCGAGACAGAUGGAUUCCCAGAUCUGUCAGAAAACGUGGCUUUAUAAACAGGGAUGACUGGGGGGUGAAAUCUUAUAGGAGUUUCAGACACAACAGAUUUUCAGCAUCACUGAACUAUACAUGUGAACAGAGUUUUAGACCUACUGAAGCAAUAGAUUGUGCCCAGCUGCCAUUGGUUGAAACAAGUUCAGUCAAUGCUGUUGCCCAGGAGGGCUGCACUGCACCAUCUCUGAAUGGGUGUGAAAUCAGCAGGCCAAUGAGACGUAAACGUAAAAGCCGAUGGGAUCAACCUGCGGAGACAAAUUCAGUUGUAGUAUCUUCUGAGCACAAGAAAGGAGAAGUUGUCUCUGGGCAGCCAAAGCAAGCUGACGUGAUUAUUAACGCUGUUGAUGUUGAGCAGAAUAUUUCUAAAGAUGUUCCACCUGGGUUUUCAUGUUCAGUUCGGCCUUUGGGUUCUUUGAACGCCUCACGAAACUCUUGUGAUCUUCCCUUGCAACAGGCAGGCCAUUCUGGUUCUGGAUGUUCCUCUGAUGCAGUUAUAGGUUGUCCAAGGGAAAAAUUUAAUCCUUGCUUGCCUGUCUCGUAUGGAGUUCCAUGGCCUGUUAUCCAACAAUAUGGAACACCUCACGCAGACAUCGAAGGCAGUUGGAUCACUGCUCCAGGCAUGCCUUUCUAUCCGUUCCCUCCACUGCCCCCAUAUCGACGCCAGAGUGAUUGUCAAUCUUCCAAGUCUACUGAUGCUAUGAAAAUAGAUCAGCCUGCAGAAAUUGUGAAGCGAUUCUAGCGGUCUAGCUAGUUGUUACUCGGAUGAUAUGUCUCCCAGCACAACUGGUCUUAAUGCUAAAUACCUUUCAUAUGAGGAUGAUAACCACAUUUCUACACCAAUGAAGGGUUUCCCUAAUGAUUUGGAAAGGAGUUACUUUAGGAAACAAAAAUGGAAUAAAUAAGAUAUACAUCGACCAUGGUCCAGGAGGAAACUCUAGGGAUAUAAGAGCAACUCUAGGAGUGUUUUGGAUAAUAUAGGUGUAGUAGAUGUACCAGAGGAUGCAAUUUGUAGAGCAGCGGGAGAUGACAAUAAUAAUGGCAUUUACAGCAACUCAUCCCACGUUAUUUACAGGGAUCCCCCCCCCCCAAAAAAAAAAAAAUUCACUCAUUAUUGUCUAUUCAGUUAUUCCUGAAUAUAGGUAUAGAUUCAAUGAAAAACACUUUCAAUUCCAGAACUGUUUCCUUCACUGUUAAAGCUCGACGCCCUUUGUUGGGGCCUGAUGUCGUAUUGUUAUGAUUGUUGAUCAGUCCAGACCUGAGAGCGAGGGAGUGAUUUUCUAUCCUGAAGUGGUAAAUUGUAGUUUUACCACUUUAUUUUGAUAUGUUUAUUUAAAUAAAAAUAGAAAAAAAUUAAAACACUUCAA